AUGGUGUUUGAGGCGCUUGCAGGAGCAGCAUGGAAACUGGCCCGAGGUACAGCAGGGGAGCGGGGAGAGGGCGGCGGGGAGAGGGCGGCGGGCUGGUGCUCCCCUCCGCCGCCACCGAGCCGCUGGACGUGGGCGACCGCGCCGACCUUCAGGUCCGCGCCCAGGAACACGCGGAACCGUGCGGCGCUGGGGGAGCCGGCGGAGAGGACCCGCGGAAGCCCGGAGUCCCCAACCCCGGGGUCCCCGGGUGCUCUGCAACAUCACCUUCCGGGAGGCCCGGGCGGAGUAUCCGCAGGUGGCCCCGGAGGUGCCAGCGCCGCUUUGAGGGCUCCACCUCGCGACCCCUCUGCCUUCCCAGUGCCCACAGGACGCGGGAACCCGGCCGCGAUCCUCUGCUUCUUCCUCGCGGUCCUGGUCUUGCUGCUGCAGCUGGCAGAACCUCUCCCUGUGGCCAGUGCUGGCACUCACUCUCUUUUCUAUGAAUUCAUCACCACUCCUAAGUCCCUGCCUGGACAGCAGCAGUGCAAAAUCCAAGGUCAGCUGGAUCAGAAGAUCUUUCUUUCCUAUGACUGUGUUGGUGCCAAGGCCAACACAUCAAUGGGUGUCCUUGGAGGGAAGCUGAAUAGCACCAAGUCCUGGAAUGACCAGUUAAAAACACUGGAGGAUUUGGCCACAGAGUUUAGAAAGCUGUUGUGGGACAUUAAACUAGAGGACUUUACAUCCACAGGUUGGAUGUGGAGGAAGAACACGGGAAGAUUAGUAGAUCACAUGAGGUGGGUAUUGGGUGGGGGCCAAGGAUUUCUCAAGAAGGGAGGUUAA